CUUCAUCAAUUUAUUGAUCAAUAUGAAAGAAAGUGAAACCGCGCAAAAUUCGAAUAUACUGCAUUUUGAUAUAGUGAUGAAUGCUGAAACGGAAGAACUCGACCCAUCAGUCAAGCUGGAAGAGUGUACUGGAACAAAAGUGCAGGAGGUUAACAUCACCGAGGAUACUCUAGUGGAUACAGAGGAUAAAUGGAUGGUCACUACUUACGACCUCCGGUGCUCCGAUGAAACAUCGAUCUCGGUAGAGGCCGUCAGUGUUGUGAAACAAGAACCUGCGAUAGAGAUUGCUGAUGGAAGUGAUAAUACAGAAAACUUGGCAUCGGUGCCUGCAGCAGCUAACGGAGAAACUGCAAUUGCUAAUUCAAGUGAUGUGAAGCGUUUCGGAUGGAACCACGCUCACGGUGAUCAAGAUAAAAGCGUUACAACCCAAAACAAGCAAUUGGAGAAGCCGGUUUGCACUAUUUGUGGCAAAGCAUGGAUGACAAAUAGUAGACUCGCGGUCCAUAUGAGAGUACAUACCGGAGAACGACCGUACAAAUGUAACAAUUGCAGUAAAACCUUCAAGUCAGCGGAAACUCGAAAUGCCCAUUGGUUGGCGGUCCACAGUGGAGAGAAAAAAUUUAAAUGUGAAAUUUGUGACAAAAGUUUUCCCUAUAAAGCAACCUUGAAAAUUCACCGAGCAGUACACGGUGUUGAAUGUCGGCAUGAGUGCUCACAUUGUGGGAAAAAAUUUGUAUAUCGUAGCGCGCUGGAAACUCACAUGAAAAGACAUGGCUUGGAACGUUCGCACAAGUGCCCGAUUUGCGACAAAGCAUUUCAACUGCGUUUUGAACUGAAAAGGCACAUGUUCAGUCACAUAAAAAAAGAACGGUUAAAAUGUGACAUUUGCGGUGCGUCAUUCGGCACAGCAUGUGCUCUAAAGGAGCACAAACUGUCCCAUACGCGCCUGGAGGCGUUCUACAAGUGCGACAUAUGCGAUGGACAGUACAGCAGCAUAAGAGGCCUUCAAGCGCACAAAAAGUUACACACGAACGAGCGCCGGUUUUUUUGUAGCUGCGGCAAGAACUUUCCCUCCCGUGAAACCCUAGUGAAGCACCGGUUGAGCAAGUGCAAAGAUCGACCAUUCAAGUGCACGGUGUGCGCGGAAACUUUUCGCUCCGAGCAAACGCUUCGGCUGCACGCUUCACGGCAUAACAACGGCUUGAAACAAUGCGAGAUUUGUUUCAAAUGGAGGUUUAAUCUAACCCUGCACAGGCGAACUCACAAAAAAGUGAGCAAAAUUUGA